AUACAACUUCUAAAGGGCUGCCUACUAGAGUAUAUUAUCUACAGAGUUUAUCUACUGGUACUUGUUCUUUUCCUUUUCUCGUCACCUCCAUCAUCGGGCAGGGUUAGAUUUGCAGUAUCUAUAUUGUAUCACACCUGAUUAUCAAGGACGGCCCAAUCCAAUAAUACAUUGACGUGAUCCCGCCAUCCAAAAUUUCCCGCAGACACCAAUCAAAUUGGGUAUCUACCUCACAUAGAAAGAUCCCAGCACCAUGUUCUUUUCGUCCCGCCCAACUAAGACUAUAAAACUCGAGAUCAGUGAUAUAACGUCUCUCCUCAUAUUCAAGAGACAUUCAUCCUCGAAGAGAUGGCAAGCACGUCAGAUCAAAGACCACUUUACAAGAGCUGCGGCAGUACAAGGCUUGAAGAGCCGUGCAGCAUUCAAGUUAUUGCAGAUCGAUGAGAAAUAUCACAUUUUCAAGAGUGGGCAAACAGUAGUGGAUCUGGGAUACGCCCCCGGCUCCUGGUCUCAGGUGGCAGCGACUCGAACUCAACCGAACGGUCGAGUCCUGGGCGGCAACUUCCUUGCCCCAGAUAUUCAGGCCUAUGUUCGGGAGUUCCUCCGCGAUCCUUGUAGAGGCAGACCGCGUUCCCCUGGUCCGUGGGACGGAGACGAACACAAUAAUACGACCUUGAGUUCGACCGCGAGCCUGGAGCACAAUAGCGAGUUCAUCGGACAAAGUGAUGCCGUGUCGGAGAGAACGGUAGAUGUGGUUCUAAGCGAUAUGUGUGCUCCCUGGUUCCAAACCACCGGCUUCUGGAAGCGAAGUCUAAGUGACCCUUAUAAUAGGAUGAUGAACACAAGCGGCGUGAAUUUUCGAGAUCACGCCGGCAGCAUGGUACUUCAAUCAAAUGUCAUACUUAUCGUACAUAUUUGACUGAUCUGAUAGGACCUCUGCCGUGCCGCAUUGCAAUUCAGCUUUGACACCUUACGGACUGGAGGUCAUUUCAUUUGCAAAUUUUAUCAAGGGGUC